AUGUACAUGCGAGCACCUGCGAGCACCGACUGCAAGUGCCGAGUGCCUCCCCCCCUCGCCGAAUUCCCCCGACCUCCGUACCACCACACGCACGAGGUACCUACCGAUACUUGCACGCCGCCAGCACUGCGCUUCGUGCGUCCGGAUAAGGCGUGCGUCUGCGGUACGUACUUGGCCUCGCAGGCUGCCUCCCGCCCGCACCACCUGGUCUGGACGGAACCUAGUGCACAUUUGUGCACUCGCGAGUCCUCGUACCUGACGGCUCCGGUUCACUUUCACGACUUGGUUCGGGGCGCCGACGAAGAGCAACAAGGUCCUCCCAUUGCCGCAUCGCAGCCGCAGCCGCAGCAGCAGCAGCAGCAGCAGCAGCCGCCGAGGUCGCAGCAACAGCAGCAGCUCCGCUGCCAGUCACUCCUCGCCGAGGCCGACACGUUCGUCUCCAGUGGGAAGGAGGCCUGGCGGUCCGAGCAGAGGCCACCAUCGACGACAAGCAUGGCGUCGCCAAAUGUAACCCGCAGAGACUCGGACAUCUCCCCGAUGACGGUCGUGCCCUCGACGUCGGCAGCUCAACGGGCCGGCGGCGCCGGCGACGACUACUUCUCGGCCGAGGCCAAGAUCGAAACGCCGUCUGAGCCGCCUCGCUGCGGCGUCGAAACCGACGCGGGAGCCUCUGCCGCGACGUCGCCGGAGGGAGAGCAGCAGACGACCGAAUGUCGCAAGGCGAGCGUCUCGUUCCCGGCGGAGCUCCCCAGGCCCGACCAUUCGUCCACGAGCGAGGACGGUUCCACCGGAGGGGGCAGAAAGGGAUCCAUGUCGUCGGUGAGCCUUCAUCGCCAUUGCCAAGGCUUCCCGAGGAGUGCGAGCGGAUCGCGCAUGAGAGCGAGCUCCCCGCCUCCCGAAAGGUGGCCGAGGGAGGACCAGCAAGGGACCAGCAAGAGACGAGCGGGAGCGGAAGCGGAAGCGUCAGGAGAGUCCCCGAAUGGCGCGAGUGCGCUUGUUUAUGGACGGCUGAGCCCCUCUCCGUCGCCGUCGCCCUCGUCCCCGACGUUGCCGCCGCCGGCCCGCAUGCUGCAUGAGUACGAGGUUCUGCAGACGGCGGACGGCACACCAGCUCGGCUAUCUCGUGCCGUUGCUGCGCCCGUGACGCCCACGUCGGACGACGGGGAGCCGGCGCGGUGUCAACCAACCCACACCCUCUCAACCCCUCCCGCCCAGCCGCUGCUUUGGCCCUGUGGAAGAGCGGCGGGCGUCAGCGUCGGCUUCCUGGCUGCUUACCGCCUUGGCCGGUUCAUGAUGAGCCAUGCCGGUCGAGGAGGAGGUGGCACCGACGGAUGCGUUGUCGAUCCCCUCUCCCCCCUCUCCCCUUGCCGAAGCGGCGUCGGCAGCUCGCGCGCGACGACGUGCAUCUGCGUCGAGGCUGCGUCAUCGCGGGAUGCUCUGCCUCGCUCCGCCGAGCGCCGUCUCACCUCUCCUCGUUGGGCCAUGAACGCACACGGGCACGCAUCCGAGCUUCCCUUGACGAGGCACAUGCUCCGUGAGGCCCCACCGAGACUGCCCACUAGCAGCCGGUCAGCCCAGCACAUGGUGCCCCGCCAUGCCCACUUGGUUCAACCCACUAGCUCGACUCGUCCCCCCCCCCGCGGCCACGCGAGCUGCAGUGCCCGGGGGCCCCCGACCUCGCAAAAGUCCAUAACUUCACAUCCAUCCCCGCCAGUGCGCCUUUCCUCCCGUCCUCCCGUCUUCGCAGAAGAAUCUUCGCCGAGCGGCCACGUUGAAGAGCGCCCCCCCGGAUCGCCGCCGCAUUUGGCCCUUGGACGACGACGCGCGACACGACGAGGCGGCAAUCGCGGCACGAUGGCAGCGCUGACGGAGACGUCGGAUGAUAGGUUUCAGCACCACGUCGGCUUCGACAAUGUGCCGAACGGCGAGGCGACCAAGCACAACACGUUGUCGCUGACGCUCAACGUCAAGCACAAGGGCUACCAGGCCCGUCGCCGGUCGCGCACCUUCAUGGUCGGCAUCGACGAGCACUCGUACUCGGGCUACGCCAUCCAGUGGCUCCUCGACGAGCUCGUCGACGACGGCGACGAGAUCGUCUGCGUGCGCGUCAUCGAGAAGGAGAUUCGGUACAACGACAAGCAGUACCAAGACGACGCCAACCAGGUCAUGGACGGCAUCCUCGAGAAGAACGGCGCCAACCGAGCGAUAAGCUUCAUCCUCGAGUACGCCGUCGGCAAGCUGCACGCGACGUUCCAGAAGCUGGUAUGCGGCGCCAUCGCCGUCCCCUGCCCUCUCCUCACCUCCCUCGGUCGGUCGGUCGGUCGGUCGGUCGGUCGGUUGGUCGGCGGCAAGGCAGCUGACGCGGGACUGCAGAUUCAAAUGUACCAGCCGGCCAUGCUCAUCGUCGGCACGAGGGGUCGCUCCCUCGGCGGCAUCCAGGGCCUCGUCAACUCUCGAAACUCGUUUUCCAAGUACUGCCUCCAGUACUCGCCCGUGCCCGUCGUCGUCGUGCGGCCGACGGAGAAGCGCAUCAAGAAGAAGGCGAAGCGGGCCAACGACGCGACGAGGCAGACGUACCUCGGCAUGCUGUCGGCGACGCGCGGCCGCCACGAGGCCGACAACGAGGCGAGCGGCGCCUACGAGCUCGAGACCAAGAACUCGCCCGACGAGGAGGCGCACCAGGUGGCCAAGGUGCUCGGCCUGCCGGCCAAGUUUGACCCGACGAUCAAGCCGAUAAGCCCGAGCCUGCUGCCGCCUCGGUCCCGGCCGAGCAGCCCGCAGCCGGCGGCGUCGGAAUUCGCCGAGCGCGGCCGCGCCGCCGAGGCGUCGCCGUCGAGCGAGAGGGGCGAGGGCGACAGCGACGAGGAGAACGACGACGACGACGGCGAGUUCGACGUGGUCGACGGGCGCAAGGCGCUGGACCAGCAGCAGAAGAUGGACCAGCUGCACAAGAUGGAGGUGGGCGAGGCGGCGGCGCUCAAGAUGCGCGUCGACGAGGACGAGACGGACGAGUCCAGCGAGAAGUCGGUCGAGACUCGGGAGUCCAAGGUCGGGAUGAUGCUCGCGCCGAUCGAGGAGGAACCGGCCGAUGACGGCGCCGAGGGUGAUUCGGAGGACGAUACGGCCGUCGACGGGGCCAACGGCACCACCGAGCCGACGACGACGACGACGACGACGACGACGACCAAGGGUCACGGCGAGUCACGAGAUCCGUCGCCGGCGAACGCGGAGAGGCCCCGGCGGCGUCUUGCCUUGGGCGGCCAAACGGACGGUGCGUCGAUGCGCGGUGCCGCCGACCAGCCGCUCCGGCGGAGCACGGUCUUCGGCACGCCCGCCCAAUAG